AUGUACAUGAAGGCCAGCGUCGUUUCAGGUGAAAGCAUACUGGCAGUCAAGCAAAGCGAACUGCAAGAGGUGCUCCGAUUGAUCAACUCUGGCCCUCAGUCCACGUGUAUCUGUGAUGGCCUCGCAAGUAACGUCGAAGAGUUGGAGGACGUGUCUCGCUUAACUCUUUCGACUCCAUUGAGAAAUGUAGAAGACGCUACAUGUACUUUGUCCACGAAUCGUUUUAUAGAUGUCCAGGAGAUGACUGAAGGCGACAGAAGUUAUCUGAUGCUAUCACCUACUCAACUCGGUAGGGCGGCACUGGUAUCUUCUCUACCUCCAGAUGCAGCAUUGUUUGUAUUCAGUGAUCUUCAGCAAGCCACCAAAGCAAUAGCUCUUGACAGUGAACUUCAUAUGCUGUACCUGGCAUGUUCGGACCUCAAGAAGAAG